UUUUAUGCCUUGAGGUGUAAUUACAAAUUUAGUAUUCUUUAUUAAUUCAUACGGCGUGACAUUUCAGCCUUCAAAGUGGCAGGUGCGGCAAAAAGUGAAAGUUACAUAACAGAAAAUGCACGCUGGAUGGUAAACUGUAAGGACGAUACAUGUUUUUAUGAUGCCAACAACGUUAUCAAUCGCAAGCUGAAGUUUAUGACUGGUUUUUGUGGAGUUACUAAAUCGGCUAUGUGUACACAAAAUAAGCAUCUCUUCUGACGUUUAAAGUGAAGCACAACAUGACAGUUCCAAAGCUCCAGCAGUUGUGGGAAUAUUUUAUCCAAGCAGAACAUCGCUCUUACGAGAAGUCUGCAUGGUUGGAUGUCUUCCUGUCCGAAUUUUUAGUGCAGGUGAAAGAAGGAAAAGAUGCAAAUGAAAUAAUCUCAUGUUGCAGUGGCAGUGGCAGCUCCCCGACCGGAGUGGCAGCACUGAUUGGGUGUGAGCUACUGACAGAGGUGCACGCGUUAUGCCCGCCACACAGCGAGGACCUGCAGCCGCUGGCUCGGCUGCUACUUUGCGGCUGGGGCUGGCGGGCACUUGCCGCACUGCACCACCUGGACUGCUCGUCCCUGUCUUGUGGGCGUGAGUUGUGUGCCCUGUUGGUGUCCCUGUUUCCAGUCGGCCUAGAAGCUGCUCCUCAGAGUCUCGUAAUAAAUGAAGAGUGCAACCCAUUUGUACAGCUGUGGAAACCACGACCCCCGAUGGACAGGCCAUUAAUUGAUGUUGUUAGUGACAAAAAGCAGCACUCCAUCUUCCGCACUGCAGUGAGAAUUACUAGUGUUCUGUCUAGUAGGUCCAGAGGACUGGGUUCAGAUGGCCAUUCUGUCACCCGCAGUGCCACAAGUGCUCCGGCAGCAGCUAGUGGUAGCAGCAGCGAGUCGGGUGGUGAGAGGGCGGAGCCUCUCAGUGUCAUCCGCAUACGCCUCAAUCCCAUGGACUUUGAGUACUUCACUUCAGCAACCUCCUUGAACCAUAUCAUGUUGGUGAAGUCCAAAAGCUGAUGUUGAAAGAGGAUAAUAAUAAAAUUCAGGAUUUUGAAGAAGAAGUGAACACAGAUUUUGAUAACGUAGUUGAAGUUCAGCAGGAAGAUUCAGAAACAGAGGAAGACAACAGUGAAGAUGAUGUGGAAGUACUUCAGGAAAACAACCCUUACCGUAUUGGAAGGGACAGAGAGACAAAAUGGAAUAAGUUCCACCAUUGCAGAGUGUACAUUUCAGGGUCCACAAUACUAUUUGAAAAUUACUUCGGCUUAUAGGUGCAGCGAAGGCAGAAAGAAUGCUUUUGGAAUGUUGGAAUUGCCUCAUAAGUGAUGACAUUUUGUCAGUUGUAGUUUUGUAUACAAAUCAGUAUAGUGAGAGUGUUGGAACUUCAUUUUAGCAUGAGAGAGAUGUAAAACCAGUAAAUGUUUUUGAAUUGAAAGCCUUCAUUGGUCUCUUAUUUUUAGCUGAUGUUAACAAAAGUAACAGAAAAAGCUUAGAGGUCUGUGGGAACUAAUUGAGAUAGCAUUGAAAAAUUUUGCCUUAUAAUGAACAUAAAAUGUUUCAAAUUCAUUUUGUGGUGUCUUGCAUUUGACAAGUCAUGGGACUUGCAAUCAAAGAAGAUGAUUAGGCAAAAUAACAGUGAUUCUAAAAAUAUUUUUGAUGUUUGUACAGAACUGCUAGAAAUCCUAUACCUUCAAAGAAAAUGUUAUAGUAGGUAGAUGGAAAAACUGGAAGGAUUCUGUGGAAAGUGCAGUUUUCUCCAAUAUGAAUCAAUCAAACCAAACAACUGUGGAAUUAAGAUGUAUGCUCGUGUGGAUUACCAAAUAUUUUAACUGUGUGAUUUGGAAAUAUAUUCUGAAUUGCAACCAGAAGGAUUACACCACAUGAGCAAUAAACCUUAGAUGUUCUGCAUCUGUGUGAACCUAUUAAUCACUCAUGUUGAAAUAUGGCACAGACAACUGGGUUACUAGUAUUGGCUUGACAGAAGAAGAAAAAUAUCUUUAUUUUGUUGGGAGGAUGAAGAAAGACGUGUGAGAUUCCUCUGGAGUUUGCAACCAGUGAAGGAAGGGCUGUUCACAGUUCACUUUUUGGCUUCAAGAAAGGCUGUUCCCCAGCUUCUGUGUUCCUAAAAGUGGAAGUGUGUGGUACAGGGAUCAAGUUUGCAUGAAGAUUAUUCAAUAGAUACUGACACUGGAGAUAAACAGAAGCCAUCCGUUGUAACAUUUUAUAAUAGCACCAAAUGUGGAGUUGACACUACGGAUAAGUUGACCACUUCAUAUGGUGUUGCAAGAAAUGUGUGCAGUUGUUCCAUGCUUAUAUCUUUUGCAUGAUCAAUAUGAGCAGAAUCAUUGCACAAGUAAUUUAGUGUGGUGACAGUUAGAAUUGUAUCCGAAGAAAAGGAUUCCUGAAACAACUACCGUAUUCAUUAGUUCUACCUCACUUGGUUUGAAGAAGCUUGGACACCUAAGGAAUUCAAAGGGUUUUCAACUGACGCUACAACAUUAUAAGUCAACAUGUGAAGAAAAAGUGGAAGAAGCAAGCAGAAAUGGAGAAAAAGGAACUGAGAUCAAGAAGAAAAGAUGUAGCACCUGCACAGUAAAGAAACGACUGACAAAACAUUGUAUCAAAAUGUCACAAGAUUUGUUCUGUGUGAUGCACACUGAAACUUUUUGCUCUGAGAGUGGUAAAAUUCCUCAUAUGUUCCACAGUCCAAAAAUGACGACGAGACAAAUGUUUGAGUAAUGUUAUUAUUGUUGUUGUGCUCUAAUGUUGUCUUUGCCUUUCUGUAAAGAUAUUUAUAAUUUAUAAUGAGUUGCAUUACUGAAAUUUAAUAAAGAAGCAAGUGAAAAAGCAACACUGUUAUCAUAUGUUAUCCCAGUCCAACAGUGCCAAUAAGAAA